GGAAAGCGGCCGGUUGUCCCCACUAGAAGCCACCCAGCCUUUUGUUUGUUUUCCUGCCGGAGGCUGGAAAACGACCGGGUUCCUGCUGCACUACCAUGCGCCGUGCGGCCCGUGCGACUCGCCGGACCUCGCGGGCGUCCCGGCACGGAGCCCUUGGCCGGUCCUAGCAGGGAUUGUCCCCAUUUCCAGUUCCCGAGCGGGCUGCUGCGCCCGGCUCGUCGAGGAGCAGCGCUUACCGCAGGGGCGGGCCCCCGCCUGUGUUCGCGGCGCCAGCAGAAGACUGAUUUUUGAAAAUAUGUAUUUGGAAGAUAGUCACGUCCUGUUGAAUACUUUGUGCUGGUGCUGCCAUCGAAAAAUCUGGUUACACUCUGGGGAGGGCUGCUACCGCUGCAGUACUGAACCGCUUCGGCCGUGAAAUGAGUGUCUGGCCUGAGCAGGCACACCAUGAAUAGAUACACAACAAUCAGGCAGCUCGGGGAUGGAACCUACGGUUCCGUCCUGCUGGGAAGAAGCAUUGAGUCUGGGGAGCUGAUUGCUAUUAAAAAAAUGAAAAGAAAGUUUUAUUCCUGGGAGGAAUGCAUGAACCUUCGGGAGGUUAAGUCUUUAAAGAAGCUCAACCAUGCCCAGGUAGUCAAAUUAAAAGAAGUUAUCAGGGAAAAUGAUCAUCUUUAUUUUAUCUUCGAGUACAUGAAGGAGAAUCUUUACCAGCUCAUUAAAGAAAGAAAUAAGUUGUUUCCUGAGUCUGCUAUAAGGAAUAUCAUGUAUCAGAUAUUACAAGGACUUGCAUUUAUUCACAAACACGGCUUCUUCCAUCGAGACUUAAAACCUGAGAACCUCCUCUGCAUGGGACCAGAACUUGUGAAAAUUGCAGACUUUGGUUUGGCCCGAGAAAUCCGAUCAAAACCUCCAUAUACAGAUUAUGUAUCUACCAGAUGGUACAGGGCUCCAGAAGUACUCCUGAGGUCUACCAACUACAGCUCCCCCAUUGAUGUCUGGGCUGUGGGCUGCAUCAUGGCUGAGGUGUACACCCUCAGGCCACUCUUCCCUGGGGCCAGUGAAAUUGACAUGAUAUUCAAAAUUUGCCAAGUGCUGGGGACACCAAAAAAGACGGACUGGCCUGAAGGCUACCAACUUUCAAGUGCAAUGAACUUCCGCUGGCCACAGUGUGUACCCGAUAACUUAAAGACCUUGAUUCCCAAUGCUAGCAGUGAAGCAAUCCAGCUCCUGAGAGACAUGCUUCAGUGGGAUCCCAAGAAACGACCAACAGCUAGUCAGGCACUUCGAUAUCCUUACUUCCAGGUUGGACACCCACUAGGCAGCACCACACAGAGCCCUCAGGAAUCAGGAAAACCACAGAAAGGCAUCCUGGAAAAGGCAGGCCCACCUCCUCAUAUUAAGCCAGUCCCUCCUGCCCAGCCACCAACCAAACCACACACACGAAUUUCUUCACGACAGCAUCAAGCCACCCAGCCCUUUCUGCACCUCACGUACCCCUACAAAGCAGAGGUCUCCAGGACAGAUCACCCGAGCCAUCUCCAGGAGGACAAGCCAAGCCCGUUGCUUUUCCCAGCCCUCCACAACAAGAAUCCCCAGUCGAAAAUCGCAGCUGGCCUGGAACACAAAAAUGGUGAGAUAAAGCCAAAGAGUAGGAGAAGGUGGGGUCUUAUUUCCAGGUCGGCAAAGGAUUCAGAUGAUUGGGCUGACUUGGAUGACUUGGAUUUCAGUCCAUCCCUCAGCAGGAUCGACCUGAAAAACAAGAAAAGACAGAGUGAUGACACUCUCUGCAGGUUUGAGAGUGUUUUGGACCUGAAACCCUCUGAGCCCGUGGGCACAGGAAACAGUGCCCCCACUCAGACGUCAUAUCAGCAGCGAGACACACCCACCCUGAGAUCUGCAGCCAAGCAGCACUAUUUGAAGCACUCUCGAUACUUGCCUGGGAUAAAUAUAAGAAAUGGCAUACUCUCGAAUCCUGGCAAGGACUUUAUUCCACCUAAUUCGUGGUCUAGUUCUGGCUUGUCUGGAAAAUCUUCAGGGACAGUGUCAGUAAUCAGCAAAGUAAAUUCGGAUACUGCCAAACAGCUCUCCAGCGGGAUAUGGGAGUUGCUCUGCAUCCUUGAUGCCACUUGGUACUGUCUGACAAGUGUGAAAUGUUGUCCUCUUGUGGUUUAAACUUGCAUGUGCUGUUUACUAAUGGGGUUCAUCAUCUUUUCCUGUGUUUGUUGACUAUAAGUUUUUUCUCUUUUAUGACUUACCUAUUCAAAUUAUCUUCCCAUUUUUCUUCAUUCACCAAAGUGUGAAAUGCACUCCCGCUGACCAACACAACUCCUCACACAGGCAUUCCAGCCUGUGUUUCCUACUCUGCCUUAAGCAGUUGCUAAAAAGCCUCUGUGUUGUGGAAACAGAGCAACUGUACCACUUAUUGACUUUUCUUAAUGGAUAGAACUUCCAUUUUUAUAAUGGGCAAUAAUGACAGUCUUCAUUAUUCCAUGUGUACCUUCAAGCCUUAAUAAUAAGAAUUAUAGAUAUUCAUUCACCCAUCCAAUAUUAACUGAUUACCUGCUAUAUGCAAGGCAUUCAGUUAUCCUCCCCAGAGUACAAAGAUGAGUAGCAUACAGUCCCUGCCCUUAAAGCUCUCCCAAGUGGAAAUGACAUAAAAAGUGAAUGUAUUUAGUAUUUUUUAAAAUGGUUAAUUUUUCUGAUGUGGAUAAGAAUAUUUAGUAUGUUAUUACUUGUCACAGCUAAAUAAUAUAACCUGUGUGUUGAUCUGUAAGAAAAUGGUUAAAUGGACUAUGGUUUAGCCAUACUCUAGAAUAUAUAUAUACUGACAUGGAAGGAUAGCUAUAUUAUGGAGUGAAGAAAGCAAAUUUUAGAACAGUCUAAAGCUACUCUUACAAAAGGAAAUAAAAAAUGUCACAGCCAACCAACCCUGCAUUGGCUGCCCCCUACAGGAGCAGCGCUGUCUUUGACCCUUGCAGUCUUUGUGACAGGGUCAGAAAAACUAGCCAUGCGUGGUGGGAUGUUCGGCUCAGAAUUCAUUUUUAUCACGAUUUGCUAUUUUCCCUUAAAGUAAAAACUUGGUUUGUUAUUGCCCUGCAAUGCUGUCAUUUAACCUUUUGAUGUCCUGGGUCCAUGUC